AACUUCAUGUACCGGUGAUUGUCUCUUGGCGUCAGGCUGCGAUCAGACCCAGCUCGGGAAUUUCUACUAGGUUUCCUUGGGGGCUACCGGGGUGUCCGGACUGUUCGACCAUGACAUACAGUGCUUGGCUCAAGAGCGCAAAGCCCCGCGACGUACCGUUCAGCCAGCCCUUGAUGCUACAAAUGUCUGUCCGGUCUUUUGUAUGGAAUGGGCAGCUCAAUCAGGUCUGCGGCCGAGUCAGAUACUCUGUGAUACCCGCACCACGUGCAGAACGGUUCGUUGAUCGUUUACCGAGGCCGGGGGUGUUCCAGUUCUUGUCAAUAUGCAGCCUUCAGUCGCCUGACGGUCACGUCGGACGAGUCUUUCCCCAGAAAACCAGUGAUUCUUAAAGCAGUGGCUGGCGCCACCGCCACCAACACCGUUCAUUGGCGGGGUUGCCUUGCUCGAACGGGAUCCUACCCCGGUGUCUUAUUCCUCUGCUUUCCAGGUGAAGAACCGUGACUUUGUUGUGGCUUCCUCAGGGGUUGAUGCGUGCCUAGAUUGGC